AUGGCUGGCGCCGACACCGUGGACAAGGAGAGCGUCUUCGCCAACUACAAGUCCGUCUUUUCCAGGCAGUUCGCCGUCUCUCUGGCCGUGGAGUUCUUGGGCGUCAUGUUCUUUCAGAUCCUGGGAGGCACCUCGGAUCCGAAGCUGGCGCCCUUCGUGAACGGCUUCGCCCUGGCCGUGUGGAUCUAUGUGGCGGCCAACAUCAGCGGCGGGCACUUGAACCCUGCAGUGAGCUUCAGCACCGCAGUCUGUGGCUUCUACCCCCUCAUGCACACCGUGGUGUACAUUGUGCUCCAGAUCUGCGGUGCCAUCAUGGGCGCUUGGGUGUCUGCUCGGCUGGUGCCCGGUGGCAAAGAGCUCCUCCGCAGUGGUGACACCGGCCCAGGAUGUUUCGACCGCAGCGUCAUCGCCGAAGGUCUCAGUGACUCGCAGAUUUUCGGCUGGGAGUGCGUGAUGACCUUCACCCUGAUCUCCUGCGUCUACGCCUGCGGUGUGGCCAAGCCCGGGCACGGCAGCCACACUCCCUUCGCCGUGGGCCUGGCGCUCGUCGCCUGCGCUGGUGCUGGGGGCCAGUACACCGGCGCCGCCCUGAACCCGGCCCGGGUCUUGGGGCCUAUGGCGGUCUUCUUCUGUGGAACGGAUGUGGUGGGACUCUACAUCGCCGGCCAGUUCACUGCAGCGAUCUUGGCCAUGUCUGUCUUCGCCUUUGUCUCAGGCCUCGGACCUUUGAACCCCUUCAUCGCGAGGAAGGCUCUGAAGCUGUCCUGGCCAGAGGCGACGUACCUCUGGAUCACGGGCUCUCCUCCCAGCCGGCUUCAAAAGACGGGCCGUGAGAACAUCAACGACUUCAAGGCAAUGUACAACAAGUUCUACGAGAGUGAGCUUGAGAGCGAGUCGGAAGCUCCGGCGUCGAAGGCCUGGGGCAUCGAGCGGUUCUUCGGCAUCAAGAGCAUGAGCGCCCAUGCUGACACCUCCGAGACAACCGCGGAUUCCGCAUGA